GCGGUAUUUUACUUAAAGAGCGAUAGGGUCUCUCUCCCCAUGCCGCGGCCUGCACUGCGAGAAAGCGAGCCUGAGCUCCCCAGCGAGGAGAGCGCAAAGCCUCCGAGAUCCCUCUCACCACCAAGGUUCUUCAGCGACCACAAGCCGCGUGAAGCUUCACUGAAGGUUCGAAAUGGAACUUCAGUGAAUCAUUGUCCUUCACGCCAUGAAGAAGACGGCAUGACGGCCACCGCUCGCUUGCGGCUGGAUGAAGCCUCACGACUCUUCCCGGAGGCACAUCGGCCUCAUGACAGGAGAGCGAAGCAGGAGCCCUUCCCCCACAGCUUCGGAAGGCUGCACAGGUGCAGGUUUUUCUGCCGAAAUCCUACUGAAGAGUGGUGGGAGUACCAGGGAUAUUCGCCUGGAAGAGAAGACGGACUUGGAAUGUGCAAUCGUCUCACUGGCUUCAGUCCGACAGAGGCCUCUCCGGCCUUGCGGCCAUGGGCUUUGCCGAAGCCAGGAGUAUCAUCACAGCCGGUCCAGCAGGCCAUCGCCCUCUGCGCUGUGCCCCACGGCUCUUUGGGGCCACCCGGGGUAGUACGCCCGGCCUACUCCGCGGCACAGGAGCCUGGUCACGGAAUCCGGUCAGGCCUCAUGCUGAACUCAUUGGCUCUGGGGCAGCAGCAGAAGGCCGGACAGCUCUUCAGCCCGAGCGAGGGGCAGACUGCCGCUGCCCAUGUGCUUCGUGCUCGAAGUGGAUCUCCCUGCCGACCGCCUACAGGAUUCGAGACCUUCUUUGACCGUCCGCUGGUGCCCUGCUCUGUCGGGGCGCCGGUCCAACGACCGUUCACGGUACAGCAGGGCCUACAAUCCUUGACAAAACUGUCGACCAUUCAGUUGGGUGGACUUCAACCCAAGAUGGGUUUUUCGUCGACUGUUCCACAAAGCUCUGGGAACGCCGCAAAGCUCUCCGCAGCCCGUGGAAGAUCACUGUCACCCAUGAGGUUGCAGGUGGCAUCUCCACGAAGUCUGCGAGCAGGAUAUCCAGUUUCGCCAGCAGUCUCUCCUGGGGCAUCUUUUAGAUAUCCGGUGUCACCUGCAGUCUCUCCUGGGGCAUCUUUUAGAUAUCCGGUGUCACCUGCAGUCUCUCCUGGGGCAUCUUUCAGAUAUCCAGUGUCACCUGCAGUCUCUCCUGGAGCAUCUUUCAGAUAUCCGGUGUCACCCGUCGUUGCUGCUGGAACAUCGUUCAGAGCAACAGUCUCAGAGUCAGUCAUGUUAAACCAACCAACAACGUGCCCGAGCCCACCAAGCAACAGCGAUGUCUUCCUCCAGGCGGCCCAGCCUGUUCUGGAUCCUCGCGUCUCUCCAUGCCCGAUUUGCCAAAUCUCGAAAGGAGCGGUGGAGCGCCCUCAUGAGAAUCAUUGGACCAAGGACUCGGGUGUGCCCUUGAGCCGCACGACGGACGUCGCGGCGGACGCCGCCGCGGACGUCGCGGCGGAGGCCGAGACGUCAGAGCAGGUCGGCGGUCCAAAUUGGGGCCAAGAGUGCCAAGAGUGCCAAGAGUGCCAAGAGGGCCAAGAGGGCUUGGGCGGGAGCGACGAGCAGUCCAACUUGGAGGACCUCGAAGAGGCCUACAUCCUGUCUGCCUUCCGUAGCGAGCCGGCCGUUUGCGGUGCAAAACCUUGGGCUCAGCUGGACGAGGAGAAGGGUCUGCCAUCAGUAGAGUCCCUGAGAGCUACACUGCAAGCCUUGAGAGCACAGGACCGGUUUGGUGCCAAAGAUGUUCCGCCGGUGCCCACCGUGCCAAGCUUGGCCACAUGUAGCGAGGGAGUCGAGGGAAGGUGAGGAGUAGCGAUGCAGAGAAGUUCGGAAUUCGCCAAUGCUCUGUUGGACUGCUGACACCUGAUUCUCUUGAACCUUCCAGUGCCAGUACCUUGGUUUCCGGG